GGGAUUCGCCGGUCAGUUCUGCCCCAGACGCAAGUACAUAAAUGCUGCUCUCGGAAUCUCCUAGCGUACAAACGUCAGAAGCUUCCCAGAAAAAUCCGGAUUCUAUUGACCCGCCGAAUCCACAUAACGGGACCUCCAACUGUGAAAGUGUCGUUGAAACCACGGACUCAUCAGACAGCGAACUCUCAAGUCAUGAGACCGGGGAUAAUGAGGCUGGCGCCUCUGAUGAUGAUGAUGAGCAAGUCUACCGUCUUCAUCAAGAAAACAAUGAUCAUAGCGGACUUCCUACUCCAUCCAUUGAAUUAAUGAAGGCCAUCCAUUCGAUAGCUAGCAAUCAUUGGGAUACUCGUGGAUUGCUAAGGAGGAGGUACCACCCGAAGUUCGAGGAGCGUGUUCUGGGAGUGCAAAAAAGUAAUGAGAAAAAGAGGGCGAAACAGAUAGUAGAAUCGAACUCGAAACCGGGGCUUAACAUGUAUCGGUCCAUGGAUCCUAGCGCCAUGCUGGCAUUAGGAAUACUCGUCCAGCAGGUUAUCUACCAGGCUGUCCGCCCUCCCAGGAAAACAAUGUGUUCUCCAGAGGGGAGUGGCAAUGUUGCCGACUCGCAAUCACCGCCAUUCACAAUUCGGGCACCGGUUAAGAAACGCUAUCGCUACGUUUCACCAACCAUAUAGGCCCCUACACAACCCUACGAAUUGACGUUUCGCAAAUUGACGAUGAGUUUCAUCAUCAGGAACCUGCUAGGCGUUGAUCAUGUGUCACCCUGAACGAACAAGCUUUCGGGAAAUGCUGUCG